AUGCUUCGCUCGGCGUCCGCCUCGGCGAGCUCGCUCCAGAGGGCAGCUGCUCCCCGGCUGCUCUCCACCUGCCGUGCUGCAGCUCGCUACCCCUCUCCUGCUACUGCUGCCAUCUCCCGCAGCUCCAGCAACAGCUUCACCUCGCCCUCCACCCUGCCUACACAGUUCCGCAGAAGCAUCCACGCCACCGCCCUCAGGAUGGCCGCCAACACCAGAACCGAGAGCGACGCCUUUGGCGAGAUCCAGGUCGAUGCCGACAAGUACUGGGGUGCGCAGACCGAGCGCUCCCUCACCAACUUCAAGAUCAACCAGCCCCAGGACCGCAUGCCCCCGGCCAUUGUCAAGGCCUUUGGCAUCCUCAAGGGCGCCGCCGCCACCGUCAACAUGCGCUACGGUCUCGACGAGAACAUUGGCAAGGCCAUCCAGCAGGCCGCCAAGGAGGUCGCCGACCUCAAGCUUCUCGACCACUUCCCUCUCGUCGUCUGGCAGACCGGUUCCGGCACCCAGUCCAACAUGAACGCCAACGAGGUCAUCUCGAACCGUGCCAUCGAGAUCCUCGGCGGCAAGAUGGGCUCCAAGAAGCCAGUCCACCCCAACGACCACGUCAACCGCUCCGCCUCGUCCAACGACACCUUCCCCACUGUCAUGCACAUCGCCGCCGUGCUCGAGCUCGAGGGCGACCUCAUCCCCGCCAUGCGCAGCCUCCGCGACGCCCUCCAGAAGAAGGUCGACGACUUCGAGGCCAAGAAGAUCAUCAAGAUCGGCCGUACCCACCUGCAGGACGCCACUCCCCUGACCCUCGCCCAGGAGUUUUCUGGCUACGUUGCUCAGCUCGACAUGGGAAUCAAGCGCAUCGAGUCCUCGCUCCCCGACCUCAGACUGCUGGCUCAGGGUGGCACUGCCGUCGGUACUGGCAUCAACACCUUUGAGGGCUUCGCCGAGGCCAUCGCCGAGGAGGUCACCAAGAUGACUGGCACUGAGUUCAAGACGGCACCCAACAAGUUUGAGGCCCUUGCCGCCCACGACGCCUGCGUCCAGGCUCACGGCUCGCUCAACACUGUCGCCGCCUCGCUCACCAAGAUUGCUCAGGAUAUCCGGUACCUUGGCAGCGGUCCCCGCUGCGGUCUCGGCGAGCUCAACCUGCCUGAGAACGAGCCCGGCUCGUCCAUCAUGCCUGGCAAGGUCAACCCCACGCAAUGCGAGGCCCUUACCAUGGUUUGCGCCCAGGUCAUGGGCAACCACGUUGCUGCCACUAUCGGAGGCAUGAACGGCCAGUUCGAGCUCAACGUCUACAAGCCCCUGAUCAUCCGCAACCUGCUGCACAGCAGCAGACUGCUCGCUGACGGCAUGCGCUCGUUUGAGAAGAACCUCGUUGCCGGCCUCCAAGCCAACGAGGAGAAGAUUGCCAGUAUCAUGAAGGAGUCGCUCAUGCUGGUGACCUGCCUGAACCCGAAGAUCGGCUACGACAUGGCCUCCAAGGUUGCCAAGAACGCGCACAAGAAGGGCCUGUCUCUGAAGGACAGCGCCAUGGAGCUCAAUGCCUUGACUUCUGAGGAGUUUGAUGCCAUUGUGCGUCCCGAGCUCAUGAUUGGCCCGUCGCCCUACAAGAAGUAG